CUGCAGCAGGCUCUGAGCCCCCAGACUGGCGGGGAUCUGCGGCCUCCCGAUGCGGGCGGGCGGAGGCGGAGCUCGGCUUUGCAGCGUGCAAUUCCCACCGCCUGCGCCCCAGGCCAGGUGGGGACCGGGCGCUGGGACCCAAGUCCCCCAGAGCCGGCUGGCUGCCUUCGAGCCGAGUCAGCGUCACGGCCGAAUCUAAGUGAGGGGGCAGAGAGAAGGGACAAGGAAGGCUCCGGGGCACUGGAGGGAGCUUCGCGGACGAGAGCUGGGACCCCGCUCGCCAUGGGGGAGGUGGAGAUUUCGGCUCGGGCCUACGUGAAGAUGUGUCUCCACGCCGCCCGGUACCCGCACGCCGCCGUCAACGGGCUCUUGCUGGCGCCCGCGCCGCGGUCGGGAGAAUGCCUGUGUCUCACCGACUGUGUGCCCCUGUUCCACAGCCACCUAGCCCUGUCCGUCAUGCUGGAGGUCGCCCUCAACCAGGUGGAUGUGUGGGGCGCGCAGGCCGGUCUGGUAGUGGCUGGGUACUACCAUGCCAAUGCAGCUCUGGACGAUCAGAGCCCUGGGCCCUUGGCCUUGAAAAUCGCUGGGCGGAUUGCAGAAUUCUUCCCUGAUGCAGUACUUAUUAUGUUGGAUAAUCAGAAACUGGUGCCUCAGCCUCAUGUGCCCCCAGUCAUCGUCCUGGAAAACCAUGGUCUCCGCUGGGUCCCCAAGGACAAGAACUUAGUGAUGUGGAGGGACUGGGAAGAGUCACGGCAGAUGGUGGGAGCACUAUUGGAGGGCCGGGCCCACCAGCACCUUGUGGACUUUGACUGCCACCUUGACGACAUCCGGCAGGACUGGACCAACCAACAGCUCAACACCCAAAUCACCCAAUGGGUUGGUCCCACCAAUGGAAAUACCUGAGU